UACCAAUAGAUUAUAGUCCAUAAAAGAGAAGAAUUUUUUGUUGACAACCUCUGACAGAGUUGUCAGUCCUUCAGUUUUUAAGAUCUCUAAGAAUAUGGCUUCCGGGACACUCUACACUUAUCCAGAAAAUUUUCGUGCCGCAAAAGCUCUGAUUGCUGCACAAUAUGCAAAAGCAAACGUCAAAGUAGCACCAAAUUUUGUUUUCGGCGAAACCAACAAGUCUAAAGAUUUUACCAAGAAAUUCCCCAGUGGAAAGGUACCAGCUUUCGAAUCGAACGAUGGCAAAUAUCUUCAAGACAGUAACGCCAUAGCCUACUACGUUGCCAACGAACAACUUAGAGGAAAGAACGAGUACGACAGAGCUCAAAUUUUGCAAUGGAUCGGCUUCGCCGAGGGCGAAAUCUUGCCGGCUGCUUGUGCCUGGGUAUUCCCCAUACUGGGAAUUGUCAAGAACAAUCCCCAAACGCAAGACGCUUUGCAGCGAGCGAAAGACGACAUUAACAGCGCCCUCGCUAUCCUCAACGGCCAUUUGCUUACUCGCACGUAUUUGGUGGGCGAGAGAAUCACCCUGGCCGAUAUCGUGGUGGCCUGCAAUUUGCUCAAUCCCUACAAGUACGUGUUGGAUCCGAGUUUCCGAAAGACCUUCCACAACGUCAACAGAUGGUUCACCACCUUGAUCAACCAGCCCCAAUUCAAGGCUGUCCUUGGCAACGUCGAAUUUUGCACCAAGGUCGCCCAGCCCGGAAGCGUCACCGUCGCUCCUCCCCAAGAAGGAAAGGGUAAGAAAAAGGAGGAGAAGAAGCAAGAGAAGAAACCCAAAGAGGCCCCUAAGAAGGAAAAAGAACCUGAAGAGGAACUCGAUGCCGCCGAAGCUGCCCUGGCUGCCGAGCCCAAGAGUAAGGAUCCUUUUGGAGAAAUGCCGAAAGGGACUUUUGUAAUGGACGACUUCAAGCGCGUCUACUCCAACGAGGACGAGACCAAAUCCAUCCCUUACUUCUGGGAGAAAUUCGAUCAUGAAAACUAUUCCAUUUGGUAUGGCGAGUACAAAUACCCGAAUGAGCUCUCCAAAGUUUUCAUGAGCUGUAAUUUAAUCACUGGAAUGUUUCAAAGACUAGAUAAGAUGAGGAAGCAAGCUUUUGCUUCGGUAUGUCUCUUUGGGGAGGACAAUAAUAGCACUAUUUCAGGUAUCUGGGUGUGGAGAGGACACGAAUUGGCGUUUCCACUUAGCCCUGAUUGGCAAAUCGAUUAUGAAUCUUACGAUUGGAAAAAGUUGGAUUCAUCUUCUGCCGAAACCAAGAAGUUAGUUGAACAAUAUUUCUCUUGGAGCGGUACGGAUAAGAAUGGUAGAAAGUUCAACCAAGGUAAAAUCUUCAAAUGACCUAAUUUUUCGUUUUGUUUACUUGAAAAACCAUCUUUUACUACUGCAUUGAUGUUGUGAACCAAGAAUAAUAAAUACACAACCACGUUUCGUUACGUUUACUAUUUUUAUUUAACUUUAUUAUAACUUUUUUUGAUACUCUUCCCAGUUACGGUUUGUAUUAUUGUUUGGAUUUAAAUGUGUACUAUAAUUUAGUAGAAUGUCUUGAUAUAUUAUGUUUUGUCAUUUUUUUUACAUUUCAUUUCUUGUUUAGUUUGUUGAAUAUUUUUUUCCUUUUCUUUAAUAAAACGAAAUACUCGACUUAAUUUGGCAAUAUGGAAUAAUUUUCAAUUCAAUGGUGAUAUUUGUUUCUGUAUAUUUUGGGUUGACGGUAAGUAUUGAACAAGUUUUAAAUGAAACCUGAGCGAAAAGUAGAACAUUAUUUGCAUUAUUUUUUUAUCAACUUGGUCUAAGUAUUAGUAGGCGACGAAUCUCAAUCAUCUUUAAAAGUUAAAAAAAAUACAUUAAUUUUAUACAGUUCAAUAAAAAUGUAUAUU